UCUUUGGUCUCUAACACACAGACACCGAAGACUUUUCUGUCCGAUUAUAAAAUUCCGUUACUGUAUUGUGAUCUGUGAUUCGCAGAAGAAACUCUUCUUGAUUCAUGAAAUCAUUGCGAUUACAAGAGUGGGGAGGGAGGGAGAGAGAUAGCGGACGCUGUUCUGCUUUCUGCAGCCAAACCAAUCAUCCUUUAUUGAUAUCGUAAAUUAUUUACCGUGAUCAUCUAUCUAUUAGCUAGCAUUGGAAAAGCAAAUCCAGAGAUUUGUAAAAACAUAUCAGAAAAAUGGGAUCUUUCAAAGGUCAUGCAUUGCCAGGGACACUCUUUCUUCUAGUAGGGGUUUGGCAUAUAUGGGGUGCUAUGGUGAGAUUUGUAUCUAACCCAAAAACUUUCCGGGUCCGGGUCUGGAAUCCCGUGAAUGGAUUUGAUGGGAGGUUCAAGCAUUUGGAGCUCUAUGUCAUAUUAAUUGGUGCUUUCAUUGACCUGUGCAUCGAGUUCUUGUAUGCAACCCAUCUCAAGUUUACUGUAAAUGGGGUCUUGAAUCCAUCUCAUAUGAACAAUUUUGAACACUCAGGAAUGCUUCUUAUGUUUUUUAUCUUCAGUAUUGUUGCUCUGCUUGCGGAGAAGACAAGAUUUUUUACAUUGCCGGAAGGUGCUCUUUGUUUGAUAGCUGCCACAGCAUUCUGUGCAGAGUAUCUUCUAUUCUACUUUCACUCAACAACCCACAAGGGUCUUGAAGGUUACUUCCACACCAUCCUUGUGCUUCUCAUAGGACUCUGCAUUGUGUCAGCGAUUGCUGGCGCCAUCUUCCCUACCAGCUUUCCAGCAGACUUAUGCAGUGGCGUUGCCAUAACACUCCAAGGCAUCUGGUUCUGGCAAACUGCCUUUGUUCUUUAUGGCCCCAUGAUGCCGCAUGGUUGUGUUCUUAAGGGUGAUGAGAUCAUGUGCCAUUCUGAGAACAGUGAGGUUAGGGGUGAAUUGCUUGCCAACUUUCAGCUCUUUCUUUUGGUGUUUGUAGUUCUUGUUGGAACUGUUGUAGCAUAUGGCUUUGCAGCUUCAAGAUAUGGGAAUUCUAAUGUGAAGAGCUUGCAUUCUGUUCAGGAUGGAUUAGGUCAUGAUUGAAAGUGUAGUCUGUAAUAUUCCAAUUUUUUGUCUGGUCACUUGAGGAAUAAUAAGAGCAUGGAAGUUCAUGUGUAAUAUUGUUAUCAGCUGUUAAAUGAGAGAAUAUUUUUGUUGUGAAA